AUGUCGCAUCAAAGUCAACUAGAGGCUAUCAACCAACAGAUACAGUCGAUAGAUGCUUCUAUUGCCAUGCUCAAAUCAGAUAGACAAGAGCUAAUAGCACGAAGAAGCACAUUACUAGACACAAUGGCGCAGGCAGCCAUCCAAUCCAACGCCCAAGGUUCAGACACAAACCGAUACGAUUCCUCAGAUUUUCCAUGGUCUCAUCAGUUGAAAACACUCGCUAAAGACUAUUUUAACAUCUCGUCAUUCAGAAGCCUGCAACUCCCAAUCCUCAAUGCUGCACUAGAGCAAGAACGCGACCUAUUCAUCGUCUUACCAACAGGUGGAGGUAAAUCCUUAUGUUAUCAGUUGCCAGCGCUAUUGGAAGAUGGAUUCACGCUUGUCGUUUCGCCCCUGGUAUCGCUAAUCAAGGACCAAGUGUAUCAUCUGCAGGAAGCCAACAUUCCAUCUGUCUACUUGACUGGAUCAUCCACCAAAGAAGAAGUAAACACGAUACAAGACGGCAUGGUGCCAAAACAGAACCAAGCCACGCCAUUCAAGCUACUCUAUGUCACACCAGAAAAGAUUGCUAAAAGUAAACGCUUUAUGGCAAGACUGAACAAGGCUUAUGAUGCUGGUCAACUCACAAGAAUCGUUGUCGACGAGGCGCAUUGUUGUUCACAGCAGGGACACGACUUUAGACCUGAUUACAAGCAAUUGAAUAUACUUAGAACAGUGUUUCCCAAAACCAAGAUCAUGGCACUCACAGCAACCUGCCCAUGGUCAGUGAUGAAGGAUGUGAUGAGAAUCUUGGACAUGAAACAGCCUCAAGUUCCAAACGGCACACUGGUGUUUAGUGCGCCACUUUAUAGACCAAACCUUGUGUACAGUGUGGUACAACGGCCGGAUUCAGCGGAUGCAACGAUCCGACACAUUACAGACUGGAUAUUAGAAAACUAUAGAAAUCAAUCUGGCAUCAUUUACUGUCUAAGCAAGAAGGACACCGAGGUUGUGGCAAAGAGUAUAUACAAGGAGAGUAAAGGAAAGAUCAGAUGCGGUACCUAUCAUGCGGAUAUGGAUGAGGAAGACAAGGAGAUGAUCCAUCAAAACUGGAGAGCGGGGUCCAUCCAGGUGAUUAUAGCUACCAUUGCAUUUGGUAUGGGUAUCAAUCAUCUGGAGACAAGGUUCAUCAUCCACCACUGCAUGUCCAAGUCAAUGGAAGGCUACUACCAGGAAAGCGGAAGAGCUGGACGUGAUGGUGAAACUGCACAAUGUAUAAUCUAUUAUCGUGGUACAGAUGCUAUGCGAUUGUCCUCACUGUUAGUGGGCGAAGUCAGUGGAUUGCAUGGAUUGUAUGAAAUGGUAAAGUAUGCUCAAAACUACAAGACGUGUCGCAAAGUGUUGUUUGAAAAGUACUUUGCAUUGGAUUCUUCUGUGAGCUCGGAAGAUGCGUUGGUAAACAAAAUUACACCUGAUCAGCCUUGUGGCAUUUGCGAUAAUUGUACACGCCCCGAAGGACAAAUUGUAGUAGAGGACAUUCGUUCAACUGCUGAAACUAUCAUUCGCCUGUGUACCGUUUUACAACAACAUAACGAAAGGGUGACAAUGCCUAAAUUAGUGCAAAUGUUGUUGGGCAGAGGACUAGGUAUUGUGAAAACUCGCGUCAUGAAUGACAAGAGCAUCCAGGUGCCAAUUCGCAAAUACAGCGAAUACGAUAUUGAACGUAUCCUGAAUCAUUUGAUUGCAGAGAACUAUCUCAACCAAGAUUUCUUACUCACAGCGUAUUCCAGCAUCUCGUAUAUUAUCGUGGGUCCAUUGGCUAAUGAUCUGAUUGCAGACCCCAAUAUGGCGCUUCGCUUCAGCUUCCUCCAGACUGAAAUGCAGUUACCAAAGAAGCGUAAAAUGAAGGGCACUGUAGCCACAACAGCAGAGGUGAUUGAUUUAAGUGAUUAA